GCCAUCAGAGACAAGACCAAGCUCGAGGUGCAGUUCAGGAAGGCCAGCAUGGACCUCCAGGCGGUGACAGGGGACUGCGCCGGGCUCAGGAAGCAGAACAGGACCCUGCAGGCGAGGCUCAAAGAGGCGCUCCGGAAGGCCCAGUACAGGCCGCCGAAGACCGAGGACGUGCCGCCCGAGGACAGCGACGAGGAGUUCGAGGCGGAGCUGUCGUCGUUCGAGAGGCGCUUCCAGAUCUUGGAGGAGGGCCCCGCAGGCCUUGAUAUUCUCGCCAGCAACUUGUCGCGGGACAAGAGGGAGCUUGAGAAGAAGGUCAAGGAGCUGCAGGAGGUGAUCAGGAACCUCAGCGGCGACUGCAACACCUGGAAGGCCACGUGCGCCGAGAAGGACCUCCAGGUCCAGGAGCUGUCCUCGCAGAUGGAGAAGGCGGUGCGCAACCAGGCGCUCAUGGAGGAGCAGAUGAAGCAGAAGCGCCGGGAGAUCGAACUCCAGGUCCAGGAGGAGCGCGCCGCGCUGGAGAGCCGGAUCCGCCAGCUGGAGGCGGAGGCGGACAGCGCGCGCGAGGACGCGGACGGCAUGGAAAAGGCCAGCACGAGGCUCACGCAGGAGCUGGUGAAGGUGCACGAGCAGUACAGCCGCCCACCCGCGCACGGCGAGGAUGCCGAGACCGAAGCCGCCAUCCUCCGCCAGCCGGCCGAGGCCGAGGUUGUCGUCGCCCUGAGAUCUGAGCUGGUCGUUCCGUCGGCAAUCGCCGCGGCCCUUGGAGCUAAGGACGCUGAAGACACCAGCGAGGCCUCGCGGUGA